GAUAGCUAUCAGAAAAGCUGUGGCUCAGCAGACGGUUUGCAUGCAGAUGGUCCCAGGUCCCGUCCUUGGCAUCUCCAAUUAAAGGAUUGAAGGAAGGAGGGGCUGAGAAAGAACUUUCUCUAGCUGAGAUUCUAGAGACCUGCAGCUAGCCUAAGUUGAUGAUGGUCCAACAGGUGCCGGCGCUGGUGGCGGAAUGGAUCGGCAGGAUGACUUGGAGGCUGCUGGGAGUGCUGCCCAAGUGGAGGAAGAGGUUGCUGAAGUGGCAGAGAUUCCUCAGAUCGCGGUUGCAGUGGAUCAGCCCGAGCAGGAGGGUGCUGUGGUUCGCUGUGGGAGGUGUCGGAUCCUCAUCUGCGGGCACAGCAUGAUCUUCUGGGCCGCCCAUCAGGCUAAGAGGACGCAUUUGGGGUCCCAGCUUGGCCUCAGUCGAUGGGCGCAAAUUGAGUGGCAGGGCCGUCGGGGCCUGCGGUGGCCGGGCCUGUUGCCUCUCUUGUUUGGGGGACGGUGUGCACCUCCCCCGCAUUUCUUAGUGAUACAUUUAGGUGGGAAUGAUUUAGGUUGGGUCAAAGGUAAGGCCCUUACGCUGCAGGCACAGGCCGAUUUAAAGUUUAUUGGGCAGCGUUGGCCCGGGGUCCUGAUAAUGUGGUCUGCCAUCCUCCCACGUCGUGUGUGGAGGGAGGCUUUGGAUCACGAAGGGGUCGAACGGGCUAGGCGGAAGGCCAAUAAGGCUAUGUUUAAGGCUUUGGGUGCAGGGCUGGGGGUCUAUUUGCCCCAUCCCCAGAUUAGGGACACUUAUGCUGACCUUUACCGGGGAGAUGGUGUCCAUCUGUCCUUUAAGGGCAAUGAGAUCUUUUUGAAUGACUUGCGGCAAGGGUUGUGGUUAGCCCUGCAGGAGAUGUGGGGCGUUAGGGCCUAAGCAGAGGCUUGGCCCUAACGGUGGCAGGUUAGCCGGGGUAGGCAGAGCGGGCUGGUGAGCACCCGGUGGCACAUCCCCAUUGGUGGGGAAUGGGGGUCUGUCUCGGAUCGGCUGGCGGGCUUUACGGCUGCCAGCUGAGAGGGCAGACUGCCCUGGGACCCCCUGGAAAAGGCCUUCCCUCGGGCUUUACGGCUGGGGUGUAUGGCGCUUUGAAGGGGGGAACCAUUCGCCUGGCCGGCUGGGUUACAGCCAUGCAUUGCAGGGCUCGCGCCUAGGGCAGGGGGUUGCUCGCCCAUGCAGUAUCAGGAGCUGGUCAGUGUGACCUUCUCGCUCGAACUGUACUGCUAGUUACACCCUUGCCGUUACUAGUUCCUAGUUUAAAUUAGAUUUGUUUGGUCAAUAAAUGGCCCUGUUUCACCCAAGCCUUGUGUCCGUCUCUUCUUUCCGAAUAUGGGGGCAAAAAGGCACUCCCGGAGCGCGCCUGCGCGCUUACCCGGGUGCCUCCAUUUGCUCGCAUGCACGGAGGGAGAGGCAACGGCUUUCCCGGGCAUCCGGGUGCUUGGCUGGGGUGGGGCUUGCAGCCGUUAUAGGCACACCCCGCCUUUUCCCUCCGUGCAGUGCUUGGCAAGCUCGUCCCGCCCUCCACACCCCUGGGUUUGGCAGUACAGGUGAGUCCGGUCGCUGGUUUAGGGCCAGGUAGGAAUUUUUUCGCCUCUCACCGGAUUGGCUGUUGGUGAGGGGUGUUUUUCGCCUACCUUGUACUGCCAAGUUGUGGGAGGUUGGUUGUUGUUUAGGUUGCGUUGGCAGGUUAGCCGGGGUAGGCAGAGCGGGCUGGUGAGCACCCGGUGGCACAUCCCCAUUGGUGGGGAAUGGGGGUCUGUCUCGGAUCGGCUGGCGGGCUUUACGGCUGCCAGCUGAGAGGGCAGACUGCCCUGGGACCCCCUGGAAAAGGCCUUCCCUCGGGCUUUACGACUGGGGUGUAUGGCGCUUUGAAGGGGGGAACCAUUCGCCUGGCCGGCUGGGUUACAGCCAUGCAUUGCAGGGCUCGCGCCUAGGGCAGGGGGUUGCUCGCCCAUGCAGUAUCCGGAGCUGGUCAGUGUGACCUUCUCGCUCGAACUGUACCGCUAGUUACACCCUUGCCGUUACUAGUUCCUAGUUUAAAUUAGAUUUGUUUGGUCAAUAAAUGGCCCUGUUUCACCCAAGCCUUGUGUCCGUC